AUGGCACCAGACACAGACACAGACACAGACACGCACAAUGACGUCUCUGCCGUCCAUGAAUUCGAAGAGGAGUUCACCUUCACCCCGGCCUCCAUCCCCGCCGCCCUGACCGCCACCUUCGCGCCCAGCUUCGGGUCGCUGGCAAACAGCGUGCGCCGGUCGUCGCGGGGCCUGCGCAACCGGCUGCACAGCAUUGCGCGCGACGCGGCCUUCGUGGAGCGCGUGCGGGCCGCGUACGGCGGUGGUGGUGUGCCGGUGGUGACGAAUGCGCGCGCGGGCGACUGGUAUGUGGAUCCCGAGCGCAGGCAGGGCGGCGUGUAUUUCAAGAGCACGGAUGGGCAUGUGGGGGAGUGGAUGUUUUCGCUGCGGAGGUUGAAUCUGGGGCUGGUGGAGGUGCUGGAGGGGGCGGGCGGGCGUGGAGCAAUUAUCGUGGACUCGACGCGGAGAGGGAAAAGGUUCCCCGACUCCCUCUCAAAAACAAUCCCCAUCUGGAUCGCCGUCAUGAACAAACUCGUCUUCCCCUCGCAGCUCAGCCCCUUCGCGCAGAACCCGCAAGCCGUCUCCGACAGCGAGGCAAGCAGCAUCAACAAGAAGCUACAGGGCUUCGUCGACGACUUCCUCGCACUAGGGCUAGACCUCACACCCAUAAAACGGGUCAUCACGAAACCGCUGAGGCCGAUAUGGAUAACGCCGGACUCACCGCUGCCCGAAUCGCCGCCGGUGUUUGAAGAGUUCAUACCGCUGCUGCUCGUCACGGCCUCGCAGAUGGUGAAGGGCGGCGGCAUCGAGGGCGAGUACAUCCAGGGCGCCGGUGACGACCAUGAAGGGUGGGCGCUUGAAUCCGGCCUCACCCCCGCCCUCUUCUGGGCACACCACAAGCCCCUCCUCGCGGCCCGCAAUGACGACGAGCUGCUAGAGCUCACACACGCCAUUGUCUCUUCCACCACCUCCACAGCCGGGGGCGGAAGCACGCUGGUUAAGCCUACUAGCGACAUCUACAUCGGCGCUGUAGGCUCUGAGGGUAGUGACUCCUACGACAUCAUCAUAAACUGCACCGCCACCCCACUCGCCACCAAGUGCCAGACCAUCCCGUUCCCAGUCCCCGAGGGCAAAAAAGGCACCAAAUUCCUCCGCACAGAGCUUGCAGGCGUGAUGGCGGCGGCGGAGAAGUGCGUGGCGCAGGGGCAGGAGGGGAGGAAGGUGCUGGUGGUGUGUAGCUCUGGGAAUGAGGUUGCGCCGGCGGUGGCGCUGGUGGUGUUGUGUUUGUACUAUGAUGAUGAAGGACGCUUCCGCAGACUGUCGGCGGAGGAGAGGGCGGGCGUGGAUAAAGCGUACAUCAGAAGGCGGCUGGCGUGGAUAUCCGCGUCGAGGGCGGAGGCGAAUCCGGCGAGGGCUGCGCUGAAUGCGGUGAAUUCGUUUUUGAUGGAAAGGCCGGCUUGA